AUGCAGAAUUUUACGAGAGUUCGGGACGAGGCUGGAAGCUACCCAGGCGAGAGCAUCAAUCGGUGCUGGAGUGUGAACACGCCACUCCUUAAAGAGCAAGUUCUGAUUCUGAGCCAGAAUCCACAACCUGCAGACAUGCAGCCAGCUGCAGCCAAAGUCACACAAACCCACACCACACAGUUUUCUGUGCAGGACAUCCUGGACCCGACCAAGUUCACAGGGAAACCGGUUGCAGGGCCUCACCAGGUGAAACCUGGAGUGGUUCUGGUACCAGAGACUGGGGAAUGCUGCAGUCCAACAAAGAGUCCCAGCUCAGAAGAGAGAAACCGCCGGAUCCGAACGGCCUUUACACCUGAGCAGCUGCGGGUUCUGGAGCACAGCUUCCAGAGGAGCCGCUAUCUGUCAGUUCUAGAGCGCCACACCAUCGCCUUGGCCCUACGCUUGUCCGAGACCCAGGUCAAGAUCUGGUUCCAGAACAGGCGCACCAAGUGGAAGAAGGACAGACUGGGAAGGGAGGCUCAGGUGGAGCAGCAGGGCUUCACGCCAGCGCUCUGCUCACAGGCUGCAGUCUUCUACAGCCCUCUGGUCUGCCAGCAGCGCUCUCCGCUCCAAAUGUUCACUUCACUGCCACAUGUGCCUUACUGUCGGUAUGAUGCGUAAAUGCUCACAGAUGCACCGGAACCAAAACCUUCCAAUGAUUCUGCAGAAGCCCACAGAUUCCUACAGGACCAGGACACGUGAGAGGCAGAAGUCUUCAACAGAAGUCCAGGCGCCUUUUGACUUUUUUUACCCUGAUAAUGAAAAUAUAAAAUAACAAAAGGGACACAUUUUAAACAGUAAGACAUGUUCAGUGUUUUCUAACUUAUUUUAACAAAUAUUUAGGUUAUUUAGUAUGUUUCUUACCAUAAAAUCUUGUAGUUUUCCUAGACAUAUUUAAAGAGAAAUUUUGAUGUUUAAAAUGUGUGAAAGUUUUAUGACUCACCUGUAGAAAAUAUAUUUUUAAUGUCAUAAUUGAAAUGUAAAUAUCCAUAUUUCACCAAGAGACAUGUUUUAGCCAGAAUGAUCAGUUUGAUAUUUGCUGUGAUGGAUAUGAAAAGCAGGCAGAAACAAAACAAGAACAGAAACAUCAGUUCUGAGGAAGAGAACAAAUAAAAUCCUGCUUCUCUGGGAGCCCAAACAGUCAGUUUGCUGCUGUUUGAUGAAACAAAAUAAAAACACAAGUUGAACUUGGAUUCAAAAGGUUUCCUGUUUUGUUUAAGUUCGAAUAUUUAUUGUCACUUUCACCUCAAAUACACAAUGGUGUUUACACUAAUAGA